AUGGAUGUGACCUAUCCAUCUAGUUUGGCACUUGCUCUAUUUUCCAUUACACUGGUCUUGGCUCUUUUUGUACGUUCCUUGAGAUCCAAGAAAACAAAAGGUCAGCUUCCUCCGGGGCCAAAGGGAUGGCCAAUCAUAGGGAACUUGUUCCAAAUGGUCAUGAACCGGCCGACUCACGAGUGGUUCCACCGCGUCAUGGCAGACAUGCAAACGGAGAUAGCUUGCUUCCGUUUCGCCCGCGUCCACGUCGUCGUCGUAACCUCAAGCGAGAUUGCCCGAGAAGUGCUUAGAGAGAAAGACGAGGCUCUCGCAAACAGAGCUGAGGCAUACUCGAUUGAUCUCAUAAGCCAUGGCUACCAUGGCAUCAGUUUCUCUGCCUACGGUGAGGGUUGGAAGCUGUCGAAGAAAGUGAUGGUCACCAAACUCAUGUCUCCUACAACGUUGAAUAACACCCUCGUUAGUAGAACAAUGGAAGCAGACAACAUAGUCACGUAUAUCUUCAACCUAUGCCAAUCAGGGUCCAUGAAAAAGCCGAUCAACGUGAGGGAUGCCACGUUAACUUAUUCCCACGCCGUGAUGAUGAGGAUGAUGUUUGGCCAGAGGCAUUUUGAUGAACCGGCAGAGGACGGCGGUCUCGGGCCGAAGGAGAAAGAGCAUAUGGACGCAAUAUACCGAGCUCUUGACUGUCUUUUCGGCUUCAGCGUAGCGGACUACCUCCCUUUUCUUAGAGGAUGGAACAUCGAGGGAGAGGAGGAGGAAGUAAGAGGAGCGGUUGAUAUUAUCAACAAGUGCAACGACCCGAUGAUCCGCGAGAGAAUGCAUUUGUGGAGGGAGAAAGGUGGGAAAGAGAAGGAGGAAGAUUGGCUCGAUAUUGUUAUCACGCUGAAAGAUGACCAAGGAAUGCCUUUACUCACGUUUGAAGAGAUUAGGGCUUUUUGCAAGGAUGUCAACGUGGCUACAAUCGACAAUACGAUGAAUAACGUGGAGUGGACGAUAGCUGAGAUGUUGAACCACCCAGAUAUUCUUAAGAAAGCUUUAGACGAAUUGGACACGAUAGUUGGCAAAGACAGACUUGUCCAAGAAUCAGACUUGUGCAAGCUCAACUACAUAAAAGCUUGUAGCAGAGAAACUUUCCGGCUUCACCCACCUAAUGCUUUUUUGCCUCCUCAUGGAGCCCGAGAAGAUACUACUCUCGCUGGCUAUUUCAUCCCCAAAGGUAGUCAAAUUCUUGUGAGCCGUCCAGGGCUUGGUCGGAACCGUAAGAUGUGGAGCGAACCUGACGCGUACAAGCCAGAGCGACAUCUUGAUGAUUACUCGAGGGACUCAAUGGGUGUUAGCAUGUUGGAGCCAGACAUGCGGUUCGUGAUAUUCAGCACCGGUCGGCGUGGCUGCCCAGGUACUAAGAUUGGAGCAACUAUGAUCAUCAUGUUGUUAGCCAGGCUUCUCCAAGGGUUCGAUUGGAGUCUCCCUCCGGGUGCCAGUCAAGUCGAGCUCGUCGCGAAUAAUAGCAACUUGUUCAUGGCCAAGCCUCUACUUGCAUCCGCCAAACCUAGAUUGGCUCCUGGUUUGUAUCCGAAAAUCCAGGUCUAG